AUGAACCUUCGAAAAGUAGCGAAGGCGCAGCCGCAGUCGCCCAGCGUCAGCACAAGGACAUCCACUCCAAGCGAUUCACAAAGCACACCCCGCCCCCGCUCCAGUCGCAAGAAAACCUCAGAUGCACCAGAUACCAAAGCUAGGAGGGUACGCACAGGCUGCCUCACUUGUCGCCAAAGACAUUUGAAAUGCGACGAAGCCGUGGGAAGAUGUCUCAAUUGUCGCAAAUCGGAUCGCAUCUGUCGACGUGGUGUUCGUCUCAAUUUCAUUGAUACUCAAACUGUGGCGCCCCCACACAUUAUCGCUCGGCCCCACGGUUCGAAGGUGACAUUUCGAGAUGACUCGCGAAUGAUUGCGUCUCUGUAUGUGGGAGGAUUCGAGAUAUACCCACCAGUCCAGCCGGAGAGUCCUGCUCAGGAGACCCCACAAUCCCACCAUGACUUCGAGUUUAUGGGGGAUGAUGAUUUGACAAAUCUCUUUCAAUCGGUGGCACAUUCGUUUGACCCUCUGGGCUUGGAUGUCCCGCACCCAAAUGCAGCGGAUUUUGUUGGAACUGAUAGUUGGCACCAGUCUCACUUGGUACCAGGAGAUGAACUUCUUCCGCACGGAACAUCUCAUUUCGCGAGGAAACUGGCUGGGAAACAUGAGUACCAUGCUUUUCUCACUGACCCAGAGCAAGUCUCUCUUCUCAGAAUUUUUGCGGAAGAAGUCGGUCCCCGGAUGGAUAUAAUGGAUGAAAUGAACCAUGUGGGUAAAUUUCCGCUCGCUUUAUUCUUCCGGUUUGCUCACAAAGCGCAGUUUUCCCAGAUUCUUCCAGGUUUUGCCAUUGGCGAGCCCAUAUUGCUAAAGGCAUUUCUCGCGUGUGCAGCUAGGCAUCUUUCUUUUAUAGAUUCUUCUUUCGGGGAUGAAGAAGCGGCACAUUAUUAUGACGCCGCUACUCGGGAUCUUCUAGACGCAAUCCAUGAUCCUAACCGUGAUUCUGUACUCUGCGCAACAGCAGCCCUUGCCCUCGGUUUCUCCGAAACCAUGCCAAGCCAAUCAAGACACAGUGGAGACCACAGCACAGGCUCGCGAGCUUUAAUCCGAGAAUGUGGCUGGACUGCCAAAACUCCCGGGCUAGGUGGGGCAUGUUUCAGGAUCAGUAUCAGUGCAGAGCUCCUGAACUGUAUGCGUUAUAAUUGGGCAUUGUCUUGGGAUCCGAACUCUUGGGGAGUCAACAUGGACAUGGACCAUUUAGAUGCCAGCAAUGGGGGCAAUCAAGAUCUAUGGCAUCAUCGGAUACUUUACAUUUUCGCGAAAGUGAUGACCUUGCAAGCAUCUUCGCGCCCAUCUCACGGUUUAGAUGACGAUAUGGCCAGGGCCAUUCAGCCCAGCGAUCAUGAAUGGAUUACCCACGACAGAUGGUGUGAGCAAUGGGCGAAAUUUGUUCCCAGAUCCCUUGCACCUCUUGGUCAUUUGCAGCCAUGGCAAACGACUCCCAAGUCGGUCUUUCCUGAAGUUUGGCUUGUCAACCGGUCUGCCACUGUUUCUCAAUUAUUUUACCACGCGAGUCGUAUUCUGCUGGCCAAAAAGCACCCUUUCCAGUCAGAGUUCGAUGAGGAUAUGCGGAAAAUGCAGCAAAGCCAUGCGCACGAAAUGUGCGGCCUUAUUGCCCACACCAAAGAUCGGUUAGUACAAAUUAUGACCAGGAUUCCAGAAGUCUCUGUGUCUGACGAGUUAAAUAGAGGUAUCGCCGAUAUAUCCCUGUACUUUCUUGUACUCGCUGCAGAGUGCUUAGGAACACGAGAAGCUCAAGAGGAGGUACUCGGGAUCUUCGAUACUAUCACAGAAUUGACUGGCAGCAGCGCCGAACCAAUCAAGAACGAUCUCAAACAAAUUUGGAGCUGGGCCGAUGCUCACCCGCACACCGUGACGCCAGCCCAGAUGCACAACCACUUCUAUGAAUUAGAUCCAUCUCUAUCAAUCUCCAAUCACUCGGGCUCAUCUCCAAGCUUACACAAUCCCUUGUUGAAUACGGGUGACUUCUCAUUGGAGAACCACCCGUAUCAAGGAUACUAUGUGCCACCACAUCACCACCAUACACUCAACCAGUAUCACUAUGGGUCAUUUGAUCUGAUUUGA